AUUGACGUAAAAGAUUAAGGGGUGGCCAAUGUAAGAACAUAAUCUUUCAAAACUUCCUUGAGGAAAAUGAUGCUACAAUUUACCAUCUAUAGAUGACAAGUAUUUAUUUUUCCGAAUAAAAAAAACAAUCGUGAAUUACAGGUAGUAAGAGCUUGAAGAAGUUCUGUGGGCUCCAGGAACCCGAGAUUAUUAGUGCCAGGAAUCUUCUGGAUGUGGUAUUUGUCUCGGACCUCAUGGUAGAGACGAAAGGAAUGAAUUUUUCCUAUGUCGCAGGUCCUAACUUUACAAUUUCCUAUCAAACAACUACUGAAGAACCACCGAAAAAGAAAACAAACAAAGUGGCCAUAUUUGCGGGCAUUGGGGGCGCGGUGUUAUGUUCUGUGAUAUUUUUUAUCGUCUUGUGUGUAUGUCUGUCUACAAAACGCUGUGGUUGUCCAUGUAGAAAUAAUACUACCCGGACAGUAGAACCAUUUGAUAACCGACAGAGGAGCCAUCAACCAAUAAGCAGGACGAAUUCGAUUUUCACACACCACCAUAUGGGGAGGAGUGUAGGUUCCCUCCCCACGGAGGAUGACAUUAUAUCCUUACGGGUCUUGUCUCCCCCACCCUACAGCUCUGGCCCUCCCCCCUCUAUAGACAGUCCCACUAAUUCCUCUUCCCCACCACCACCGUAUUCUUUCAGUGACCCUAACCCCGAGGCGGGUCGGACGGACAGUUUACCGAGCUACCCAGGAGAGGUUAGUCGGUACUGACGCAAUACAUGUAGCUACGAUUCUGAAGCAAGAAAUCAAUUGUGUUCAAGCAAAGGUUCCGUCCAUAUUGUUUAUUUGUGCCAAAAAUAUAUUUAAACUUUGACAAAAAAGUAAUGUAAUUCCGCAGAGGAAUUCCAGUGUAUUGAAGAUAUUCUUCAUAUAUUGAUUUUAUACAUAAGCCUGACCUACAAUAUAUCGCCAUUUUUUUGGUCACGUAUACACAUUUUGUGAAUCAACAAAUACUUUGUUUGGAAGGCCUAGCGUUUUAGAAACGAAUGCAUAAAACGAAUGCAUAAAAUGGCAAACUUUGACAUACUCUUAUAUGUAAUUAACUUAUUAAUCAAAUGAUUUACUAUCUCUACUUUACUUUACAAAAGUUUUAUGUUAUUUGUUUAACUCGAAAGUUUUUGUCUAAAGCAGGAUUGAAAUAACUUUAGAUAUAAUUUUUGUAUUAAGAAUAUUUUUAAUUUUAAUAUUCAAGUAUAUUUAGAGACAAAACAUCUGUAUGAAAACAUUAUAAUUGUGAUGAGACAUAUAUAUUCCACAAACAGAAAACUGUGUGACAGUCAUGCACUGUCAUUAAAAACAUGCCUUGUAUUUAUUUUCAAAGUAUUAGAUGUACCAAGUUGUUAUAAGUAUUAUCAAAUACAAAUAAGUUAUCAUUGACUGGUAAACAUCCGCAGGGCGGACGUGUUGUUAUAAAUCUAAUAAAAGA